AUGAGCGUUCCUACCAUUCUCGUUACCGGCGGCUGCGGCUACAUUGGCAGCCACACUAUUAUCACUCUUCUGGAGAAAGGCUACAACGUUGUAGUGGUGGACAACUUGGUGAAUUCCAGCAAGGUCUCGAUCGAUCGUGUGGCAGAAAUUGUCAACUUGAACAAGGAGGAACGAACCAAGCGACUGGUUGUUCAUGAAGUGGAUGUUUGCGACAAGGAAGGUCUACGAAAGGUCUUUGAAAGCUCUCCUACAUUCCAAGCCUGCAUUCACUUUGCGGGAUUGAAGGCCGUCGGAGAAUCCACCCAGAUUCCUCUGAAAUAUUAUCACAACAACCUUACUGGAACCUUCAUUUUGUUGGAGCUCAUGGAUGAAUUCAAUUGCCACUCAAUUGUUUUCUCCUCGUCUGCAACUGUCUACGGAGCUGCGGACAAGAUGCCAAUCACCGAGGACACUCCUGUGGGGGCUGGAAUUACCAAUGCGUACGGGCGAACCAAGUACAUGAUUGAAGAGAUCCUCAGGGACUUUUACAAAUCGAAAACUCUCGGAGGAGCCGAAACUGACUGGUCUGUGGUUGUCUUGCGCUAUUUCAACCCUGUUGGAAACCAUUCUUCUGGAAAAAUUGGAGAAGAUCCCACUGGUAUUCCAAAUAACUUGAUGCCAUAUGUUGCCCAAGUGGCCAUUGGAAGAAGAGAAUUUUUGACUGUCUUUGGAAGUGAUUACUCAACCCAUGAUGGAACUGGAGUUCGAGAUUACAUCCAUGUGGUAGACCUGGCAGAAGGUCACUUGUCGGCUAUCCAAUACACUGACAAGAAGAAAUCUGGAAUUUUUACAUUCAACCUCGGAACUGGAAAUGGAUACAGUGUCUUGGACAUGGUCAAGGCCAUGGGCAAGGCAUGUGGCCAUGAAAUUAAAUACAAAUUGGGUGAUCGUAGACCCGGUGAUAUCGCGACUUGUUAUGCGGAUGCAAGUCUCGCCAAGGCGGAAAUUGGAUGGGAAGCCAAAUUGACAUUGGAAGAUAUGUGCAGAGAUUUGUGGAGUUGGCAAUCGCAAAAUCCUAACGGUUUCAAAUAA